CCUGCGCCCGUCCGGCCGCCGCCAACUCUCCCGGCGCGCCGCGGUCCCGGCUGCAGCGCGCCGCCGCGGUGUCUGGGCGAUCGAUGGGCAGAGGCGAGGGUCACGAUGACAGAUUACAGCGAGGAGCAGCGCAACGAGCUGGAAGCUCUGGAGUCCAUCUACCCUGACUCCUUCACAGUAUUAUCAGAAACUCCCCCCAGCUUCACCAUUACAGUGACAUCUGAGGCAGGAGAAAAUGAUGAAACUGUCCAGACUACGCUCAAGUUUACAUAUAGUGAAAAAUACCCAGAUGAUGCUCCCCUUUAUGAAAUAUUCUCCCAGGAAAAUCUAACAGAUAGUGAUGUCUCAGACAUUUUAAAAUUAUUAGCAUUACAGGCAGAAGAAAACCUUGGUAUGGUGAUGAUCUUUACUUUAGUGUCAGCUGUGCAAGAAAAAUUAAAUGAAAUAGUAGAUCAAAUAAAAACUAGAAGAGAGGAAGAAAAGAAACAAAAAGAAAAAGAAGCGGAGGAAGCUGAAAAGCAACUGUUUCAUGGCACUCCUGUUACGAUUGAGAAUUUCUUAAGUUGGAAGGCCAAGUUUGAUGCAGAACUCUUGGAAAUUAAAAAGAAACGAAUGAAAGAAGAUGAACAAGCAGGAAAAAAUAAAUUAAGUGGGAAACAGCUAUUUGAAACAGAUCAUAACCUUGACACAUCUGAUAUACAGUUCUUGGAGGAUGCUGGAAAUAACGUGGAAGUAGAUGAGUCUUUGUUCCAGGAAAUGGAUGACUUGGAGCUGGAGGAUGAUGAGGAUGACCCAGAUUACAAUCCUGCUGACCCGGAGAGUGACUCAGCCGACUAAUGGACUGUCCCCAUCUGCAGAGAGGCGUGACUGCCACAGCAUCUGUGGCUAUGCUCAGAGGGUUUUGAUUUUCCUUUCUGUUUUUUCUAAGAAAAAAUAAUUUCCAGGAGAAUAUUCUUCUGAUAACUUUCAUCAUUGAACUUAAUAAACUGACCUUAAAAUUUCAAAUAUAAAA